AUGAUAGUAAUUGACGAAUGUGUGGACACUAUGGCUGAUCGAGAAUUAGCUGCAAUAUUAGAAAAAAGAUUGGCAAAACUGAAAGUGGAGGACGUUAAUACUAUUGGUGAUACUGUGACUUUAAUCGAACAAAGCAAAUUAUCGGAGAAUUAUUCGUUGCAAUCACCAACACCACCACCAAAACCAUCAGGAAAGCAACAAAUGCCGUCAAGUUUGACAAUACCGGAUAAUGAAUGGAUAGAUAUGGAUAAGUUGAUCAGACAAACACUACAUAACAUGGAAGAACGGACUUCUAGAAAUACAUCAAUUACUAAUACUGAAAUAUGGAUGAAGGAUACAACACAAGUGUUGAAGCAAACUUUACCGUCAGAAAGCACGCUAGCAAGAUUCCCUCAUAUUGCUUCUAAAGAUCAAAUGACUGAUGAGUCGGAUAGAAAUGAAAGAAAUGAUUCAUUAUUUUUACCAUCAAAAUCGAUUAUUCCAAUAGUUCCAAUUUUGCAUCAAAACAAACGUAUGCAAAAAGAGUCGAAGAAAUUUUUUAGAGAUCAUUCUCUUGAUGAGAUUAGUGAUGAAUUGAAUGCGAAAUUAGCCAAGCAACGAAAUAAAUCUAUACAGUCAGUGGCAGUACAAGAGCUAAUUGAAUCAAGAAACGAUUCAGAAGCAAACAGUUCGCGGCAUUCGUUUACUCCCAUUCAGUCACCACCAGCUGUUUUGCCGAAAACUCUUUCGUUUGAUUGUAAUUCAUUGGCGCUACGAAAAACAGAAUCUUUCUUGAGUUCACCACCACAAGUUGCCAAAAAACCGGCAUAUUAUAUGGUAUGUAACAUUUGA